UGGCAAGCAUCAUGUUCAAGACGCUGCACAGCGUGGACACCGAGUACUCGGCGGAUUCGGUCGAAUGGUGCGUCCAGGAUGAACGGCAUGCGGAUUACUUUGCCUGCGGCACAUAUCAGCUGAUGGAGGGCGAGCAGAAUUCGUUGCGCAAGGGUCGCAUCUAUUUGUAUGCGUUCGCCAGGCAUACGGGCGCCCUGGAACGGCUGCAGUGCAUCGAAACGGCUGCCAUAUUGGACAUGAAGUGGCUGCCCGCCUAUUGCAACGACUCCGGACCGCUGCUAGCCACAGUCAACGCCUUGGGCCAGCUGGAGAUCUACGAGCUGCACGCGGAUCACCAACUGCAGCGUCGCGCCCAACUGACGCUGCCAGAGAAUACGAAGCCAGCGCUGGCGCUGGCCCUCGACUGGCGGCCUGCGGCCGACGGCGCUGGCCUGCAGCUGCUCGUCUCCGACUCGCUGGGCCAUGUCCAUCAGCUGCAGUACACGGCGCAGGCUCAACUGAGCCAGCUGUGCGCCUGGCAGGCGCACGGCUUUGAGGCGUGGACGUGCGCCUACGAUCGCUGGUCGACGCAGCGCAUCUACAGCGGCGGCGAUGACUGCCUGCUGCACGCCUACGAUUUGCGCAGCGGCAGCUCGGAGCAGCCAGAGCGCAUCUGGACAAAUAAGGCGCAUGGCGCCGGCGUCACCUGCCUGCUCAGCCAUCCGGAGCGGGAGCAUCAGCUGCUCACCGGCAGCUACGACGAGCUGUUGCGUCUGUUCGAUACGCGCGCCAUGAAGCGCAGUCUAGCCGAACUGAAUCUGAACGGCGGCAUUUGGCGGCUCAAGCCGCAUCCACGGCGCAGCGAUCUGAUCCUGGCCGCGUGCAUGUACAAAAACUUUAGCGUGCUGCAACUGAGGGACUCGGCGCUCAGCCUGCUGGGCGCCUAUGAGGAGCACUCGAGCAUUUGCUAUGGCGUCGAUUGGGCGCCAAGCAUCGAUGAGCUGGAUCAUGGCCAGAGGCUGCACAUGGCCACCUGCUCCUUCUAUGAUCACAAGCUGUGCGUCAGCAGCGUGGACACCAAAUUCGAGAUGUGAUCUCGUUAACCAGCUAAUUAGCACGCACCGCUGACACACUUGAUGACCCGUCAUGCUGGGUGUCUUGCAGGACACGCUGCAUGACUUGUCAGCAACGUGGUCUUUGACCCACUCAAAUAGUCUUGUUACUAUAUAAACAUUUGUGACUCACCUGAAUUGGAUUUGUUGCGGAUCUUAAGCCGUAAACUUGCACUUACUAUAAACAUAUUAUAUUU